GUUGGAUGCUGCCGCCAGACGCCGCCAGCGGCUGUACUACAAGUCCAUGUACUCGAUCCGCAAAUCCUUCCAGCCCAUCCUGCCCUCGACCACUCUUUCACUGCUGAAGACACCAUAAUCCGAGCAUCCACGACUUUCCCCGCCUCUCCCUGCACCCGCGACAGAUGAUACCGCAGGAAUACUCGACGUCACCGCACAAGCGUUAAUCCGCACGCCGUCACACGACCGUCCAAUUAAACCAUACGGCCACUUGGCCAGCGCAUAGCUAUUCAUACUUUCAUACAGCAUCCAUCCAGCUUCUACCGUCUCAGCCAUGGUAAAAGACAGCGACGUUCCACAGCCAGGGCCGGCGCGCUUGUCGAAAGGUGCAGGCCCCGAUGAAUGGUUAGAACAGGCGAAACAAUGCAAAUAUCUACCGGAGGCGGACAUGAAGCGCCUUUGCGAGAUUGUAAAGGAGUGCUUAAUGGAAGAGUCGAAUAUCCAACCUGUUCGCACCCCGGUAACCGUAUGUGGUGAUAUACAUGGGCAAUUCUACGAUCUGCUCGAACUGUUUCGCGUCGCGGGUGGCAUGCCUGGCGAGACACCAGUGGUUCCUAAGCUCCCACCCACGAUAAACCCUGCCGACAUUGAGCCCCCUACUUCCAUUACCGAUCCCAAGGCGAAGCGGAAAAUGAAGAGGAGGUAUCAGUCCGAUCCUAACUACACCGGCCCUGCGAGUCCUAACGAAGGCGAAGAGGACGAGGAAGAGGAGGAAGAACAACGGGGUCGGAGUCGGAGUAUAACUGGCCGGCAAAGUAUGGAGGACGAAUCUGAGACGGGACUUGCCAAACUAAAUGUUGCAGGUUCUGGUGGUAACGGCCAACAGAAUUACAUAUUCCUGGGAGAUUUCGUAGACCGUGGCUACUUCAGUCUGGAAACCUUCACAUUGCUAAUGUGCUUAAAGGCAAAAUAUCCAGACCGUGUCACCCUGGUGCGAGGUAACCAUGAAUCCCGCCAAAUUACUCAGGUUUACGGGUUCUACGAAGAAUGCCAGACCAAGUAUGGCAACGCAUCGGUUUGGAAAGCCUGUUGCCAAGUGUUCGACUUCCUUGCCUUGGCCGCCAUUGUGGACGGGAAGGUACUCUGCGUCCACGGUGGUCUAAGUCCGGAAAUCAGAACCUUAGAUCAAAUUCGAGUCGUUGCAAGAGCUCAGGAGAUUCCGCACGAGGGUGCUUUUUGUGAUCUGGUCUGGAGCGAUCCUGAAGAUGUGGAUACGUGGGCUGUGUCUCCGCGGGGCGCCGGUUGGCUUUUCGGAGACAAAGUGGCCUCGGAGUUCAACCAUGUCAAUGGAUUGCAACUCAUUGCUCGUGCCCAUCAACUUGUCAAUGAAGGCUACAAGUACCAUUUCAAAGACAAGGACGUCGUCACUGUCUGGUCGGCGCCCAACUACUGCUACCGCUGCGGGAAUGUCGCUUCCAUCAUGAACCUGGGAGAGGACCUGAACCCCAGUUUCCAGAUCUUCAGCGCCGUCCCAGAUCAUCGCCGGGCUGUUCCCCCAGGAAGGGGAGGACGCAGCGAAUACUUUCUAUAAUCUUGUGCAUACGCAGUUCUGGCAUUUGAGGUUAGAUGUUGAAUGUCACGGUGAAUAGACGCGGAGGCCCCGGCCGAUUGACGCUUUCGCGUUGUAUGCUUCUACAUAACUCUGCGGGCGGCUCGAGGGGCCAAUUUUCAAAGAGGCAGGGUACGUCAUCUCCUCAUUGCAUGUAGUUCGGCGACUUAGAAUACCCGGGGUCUUGUGAAUUCUGCAUA